CUCAGUGCUGUCAGGGCCAAAGUAGGUAACCACCCUCUACACAGCCCUAGAGCAGCUUUGUGGUGUGAUGGUGGUUGCUCAGAGUCUAGAGUGCUUGGCUUUCUUCUCUGGCUUUUGCAAUUGCUAUAUUAUGAAUUAGUUGGGAACUUUGUGCUGAUUCAUCUUUACAGUAAAUGAGUAAUAUUUACUUGCUUAAUCUUUACUUAAGAUUCACUUGGGUGCUUUUUUGUUUAAUCCCUAGUUGGUGUAGGAAAAAUGUUUAUGGUAUGCUGUAUACAGAUAAAUGAGUUUAUUAAAGAAAUUUAAUGCUUUGUUUCUGAUGCUGUGAAUGCAAUAUGUACAACUACAGUGGAUUCUUUAAAGCUCUUUAAAAAAGUCACUGAUCCAAAAAUAACAUAUCUUCUGAAGAAGAUAUGAAAGGGACAAAGAAUAAAAGAUUGGAGGCUGACAUUUCUACAGGUUGGAAGGCACUUACCCAAGCACCCUGCAGACAGCCACCUCUCCAUGAGUCCGGAAUGUCAAGAUAAUUCACUGCUAAAAAGGGAUAAACAAGACCAUGAACUUCAUACUCCUCCUCCGAAUAGGAACUUCUCAGGAUAUAACCAAAAGGUCUUUACUUGACUUUGAAAACCAUUCCUCUGAAGUACCAGUUGCCCGAGCUGAACUUACACAAAUGAUUGAAAUAUGUCAGGCCCUGAGAAACACGCUGCAAAGAAACCAUCAAGCAACUGGUAUGGAUAAUCUUGCAUUAUCGUGGAUGAUAUCAGGAAGAAACCUAGAAAAACAACCUAUAACCCUCAUAGACCUUUGUUAUGGGAAGAUAGAAAACGUAAACCUACGAUAUCUGAGUGCUCUUGAAGGAAAACUCAGCAAGUUGUUCAAACACCUGCUUGCCAUGAGGCAAACACUGAGCUUCAUACUUGCCCCAGGACAGGAGUCCUGUGAGAAAGCUCAUCAGAUACUACCAACUGCUUUUUAUGCUAGAUUGCUAAAUCAUGUGACUAGAUGUCAUCAAUCUCUGGAGGAAUGCUGCAGUGACUUGCUUGUUUUGACACUUAUUGUACCAUCUGCACCUUGGGUAAAACUGGAGUACUCCUUGAGCCAAGAAUUCACGGUGGAGAAUGUGCUUGCAAUAUUGCCUGCAUUUCCCAAGGGGGCCCCUCAGCAACUGGCCAAAAGGGCUGCAGAAACCUUGGUGAAAGCUUCUAAUUAUUCUAGACUAAUGGCAAUGCAACAGAUACAUACUCUGCAAGCUGAACUCAAUUUCCAUAGAAGCAUAUACAACCUCCAAGUUAAGUACACUGAAGCUGUUUUUGAGGGGAUAAAGCAAGCCUACAACACUUUUCAAGAGAAUGUUGUGUCAGUUCUAUGUUCACCACUAAAAGAUGUUCUUUCUUCUUACAUAAACCUUAAAGCGGAAGCUUCAGAGGUUGCUUUGAGGGACUUUCUCACUGCUUUUAAAAACAAUGCCGAACAGAUCCAAGAUGCAGUUGACACUUUGACUCCAUCAAAGAAUCAGCUGCAUGAAGGUGAUGAGGCCCUGUCAAAGUUUGGAAAAGUGUUCUUCCUCUCUUUGGAGAAUUCACUCAAAGACUGUGGGGAACAACGGGAUAAAGCAGCCAGUGAAAUGGAAACCUUACAAACUGAACUGGCUCUGGCCUUUGAAAACCUUCAGAGCUUAACAAAGGAAUGAAAAAAGAAGAAAACAGAAUCCAUUCCUCAUUUUACAAAGUCUGAAGUGGAAGUGGCUUGGAUAAGAUUUCAAAAGAUAACCCAGUGCCAGAUUCAACACCCCUGGCUCCUCCACACAGUGAGAGACCUUUGCCCAAACAUGUGUCUGUGAUGGCAGAAGCAUCCAGCAACUCAUCAUCCAAACUGCAGCAGCAGAGUUCUAAGGGGUUAUUCCUUCACCAGAAGGGGAAGUGCUCCCACAGGAGUAAGAGCAUGAAGACCACUGCAAGGCCACCUUGACAAGAUUAACCAUCACUUUAUCUUUAAUAUCUUUUUCUUCAAAAAUGGUCUGAACUAGUUUGUAAUAUUCUGUGUUAUGAUAAACUCCAGAGGCACAACUCUGCAAGGUGUCGGGAAAAGAAUAAGUCGGGGGGGGGGGGGGGUUUGAGGGAACUCAACACCUUGUAAAUGGUGUUGGGAGCCUGAUCAAAGCUCAUUGAAGUCAAUGACAAAAUUCCCAUGCAGGGGCUUUGGAUCAGGUCCUUAGUAUUCAUGCUAGAAUGCAGCAAACCAGAAGGAUAGAAGUAGAUGGCUGGUGUUAAACUAGAAUAAAUAGCUUUUGAAGAGGUAAUAUACACACUCAGCACAUGGACUGUACUAAUGUUAUGCUGGAUGUAUGUGCUGUUUCAUCACAGAUGUGUUUUUACACUUUAUGAAGGUUAUAGAAUGACUAAAAAAAAUAUCGCCAGCACCAGGCUUGGUUUUGUUUCAUUACCAAAAGCACAUAGGGGACUUGACAGACCACAGCUAUCUGACAAAUGUUUAUAAAUUUGUUCUUCUUUGACUUGGCAUCUGUAUUGAAAGGAAAUCUCUCUAGAUUCCUAUGCUCAUGUGAAUAAUAAAACUCUUGAAUGCCCCAAAUUACUACAUAUGCAAAGAGAAAAGAAUUGCGUUCACAAUGUUUACUGAUAACAAAUGGUUUUGGAGAGCCUUACUUUACUGAGAAUGACAAUGUAAAUAAGUCAGAAUUGAGUGUGUAAUGUUCCUGUUUUUAAAAUUUGAUAUUAUAUUUUUAUUCUAAAUCACUUUUUUGUUAACUCUAAAGAUUAUAAAAUUUUAUUUUCUGGUGAGUGAAAAAUUGAAGUUGCAGGCAUAGUAUUUUUGUUGUAUUUCUGUUACUGUUCUUCCUUCCUUUCUCAUAGUACUAGUAAGAUAGGAAAGUCCAUUGGAGCAUUUAACUUUCCAAAGAGACUGGAUGUUGGGAUGGGUACAGACAGAAAUGCAAUAACUGAAAUGUAUUUGCUUGUGUCAUUUUUCUCUGUUCUACCAAAAGCAAGUGUUUUGCAAUGAUUACACCAACCACUUCAAGAGAACAGCUGUGAAUUCACAAGUGGGAUUGAUUUGGUGGCUGUAAUAGAGGUAACAGAGUAAACUUAGUCAAAAGACCAGUGUUUUGGGUUUGCUUUUUUUAUGUCUUGGUGCCAGUCAUAUGUCAGAAAGACAGGAAGUGAGAGCUUAUUAACUUGGAUUGAUUUUUCCCUGUGGGACCAACCGGGCAGCAGCCCUGGACCCCACCAUGUGGGGCUGGCCAGAGUGGCAGCCCAAGACCCCAUCAGACUCUGCCAUGCAGGCAGCCUCAGACCCCACUGGAUUCCACCACAUGGGGCUGGCAGGGAGGCAGCCCCGGAACCCGCCACUCUGGACCCCGACCCCGCUGUGCUGCACCAUGCCCUGCCUGGCCAGACAGCCCAGACCUCAAGGCGCUGGGUGGCCAAGCAGCUUCUAACCCAGCCCCACAGCCUUUAGCACACAGCCUGCAUGUGGCCUGUGGGUUAAGAACCACUGAUCUAGAGCCUGAGAGCCUACUGAGUAAAUCUCCGAACUGCAGGAGAUUAAGCCAAAAGAGGAGAUGAAAACACCAACUCAUUUUUCUUCCUUCUCUUCAGAUGAGGCCGUAAUGCCCCCUCCUCCAUCCAUAGCAGCCAAUUUAAGGUCUUUCAGGACUUUACAAAGAGGAUGGCAGAUUCAUUACAAAUCCCUCUUGAGUUAAGGGACACCCACCAUAAACUGCUGGACAUUCUACAUAUUUCCUUCUCAAAGAUCGCCCACCCAAUUAAUGAGAUGCUUUUGGACCCAAUAAGAUUCAUAUGGCAAACAGCAUCUGCCGCACAGACGUGCAAAGAGGCCAACAAAAUGCAUUAUACCCCCACCAAAGACUCAGGGUUCUUCUCCUCCCACUCUCCACCUAAUUCCAUUGUGGUGGAUAAAAUGAACUCCUGUGGCCACCAGCACUAUUCAAAAUCCACCCCUUACUAUAGGGAUUGGGAGAGACUGGACUUGUUUGGGAGAAAGGUCUACUCUUCCACAACUUUGCAAUUUCUUAUUGCAAAUGACCAAGCACUAACGGCCAAAUAUGAUUGUACAAAUUAUGCCAAGCUUAACGACUUUAUUGAUCAUACAGAGACCAACUUCAGGCCAUCAUACAGGAGGGGCAGUUGGUGGCAAAAACAAAACUCCAAACUGUACUAGAUGCCACAGAUACUGCAGCCUGUUCAAUCUCCACAGAAGUCAUGAUGUGGUGAGUGACAUGGCUGCAUCUUUUAUGACUGCCAAAGGAGGUUCAGAUGACUGUUAAGGCUCUCCCCUUCAAAUUGUUUGCAGAUAAGACUGAUGCCAUGCUCCAUAAGACUUCAGAGCCACACUUCGGUCACAGGGCUAGGCAAAAAAGGAAAUUUACUUCUCAGCCUUCCCAAAACCUGGGACUCAUGUCAAACCUGGUACUCAUUACAGUGCUAUUAAAAGCCACAAUGGAAAAAGUCUAAAAUUCAAAGGUGUAAAUCAUCACGCCCUCAAUCUUCCACAUCACAACCUUCCACCUCAAAACACCAAUUUUGACUCCUUUGUUGAGGCCUCAAGAGAAUACUCCCCAUGACACCAGCAGCAACUUUCCAACCUCUCACAUCCCUUUGGAUAUUGUCUGGCUCUGUUUCAUCAGAAUCGGGAACACAUAACAUCUGACAGAUGGGUUUCAGAAAUUAUCUCUCAUGGAUAUUCUAUCCACUUCCCCACUCUCCCUCCCCAUACCUCUUCAGAAACCCUCUCAUGAGAUACUAUUAUGACAGGAAAUAGAUCAUCUCCUAUCUCUAGGAGCCAUAGACACAUCUAUAUCUGCACAUCUCUGAGGCAAAGAGGUUUUAUUCCUGAUAUUUCCUGAUCCCCAAGAAAAAGGGAGGUUGGAGACCCAUACUGGAGCUAGAGCACUGAACAAAUAUGAGAAGGCUCAAAAAUUCAAGAUGGUCACAUUAGCAGUGAUUAUUCCAUCCAUGGAACAGGGAGAUUGGUUCUCAGCCCUUGACUUUCAGGAUGCCUACUUUCCACAUAUUGAUUCUACCAGCCCACAGACGAUUCCUCCAGUUUAUCCUAGGUCAGGACUACUACCAGUACAGAGUACUCCCUUUUGGCCUCUUGUUAGCCCACACAGUAUUCUCCAAGGUCAUCUCCGUAGUAGCGGCACACUUAUGCACCCUGGGGAUCAUGAUCUAUCCAUACUUGGACGACUAUCUUCUUAGGGUCCACUCCUUUGAAGACACCCACAGGACAAUAAACUUGUUCACGAAGGUAGAACUGCAGGGCAGGGUGCCUGCUUGGGAGGGGGAGCUAAAAUUCUACCUGCUAUAGGUCUCCAAACCCUCCCUCUUGACACCUAUACUCACAGGUGUCAGAUACCAAGUAAUGGCUGACACCAGACAAGUCUGUAGGGGGAACUGGGGAUACAGGUCACUGCCUCACCACCCAGAAAACAUCAACAGGGAAAGGGUGCGUGCCAGGAGCUGCUUGUGGGUAGGGUGGGGAUAGUGAAACUUGCCAGGCGCCUUACAAAACCACCCAGUUUUGUUUCGGUUCACUUGAUGUUAUGUUCAAUGAAACCUGGAAUUCCCAAAGAACCUCAUGGUAAAGUGAUCUAUUUAUGCCAUGUGCACACAUUGAGAGAUUCAAGCUACUGGCAUCUGUAAGGUGCAUCAAAUGGAGGGACAUGACUGCAUGAAGGCCCAUUAUACCAGGCUGCAUCUUUGCCAGGGUAACCCGUCCCAGGGUAGGACUCCACCAGUGGAUGCUGGUCCCAGUGGAGUGGUGCCUUUGGUUUCUGCUGUGCUGUAGAUUACCUAGCACACAAUGGUCUAAAUCAUUUUUAGCAAGGACAUCCUACCUUGCUUAGUUUUGGCUGAUUUGGCUCACUUUAUUAUUUAACAAAAGCAGUGGCUAAUUUUACCCCUCAGUUUGUAUCAUCCUUUAUUUGUGACCUAGUCCUAGAUAAUUAUUUCAGACUCUGCAGAAACAAAAUGACAGCUUGCAUUGAUUUACUUUAUGAAGCCAUAUUCAUUAGCAGAAGAGCUAGGAGAAAACUUAAAAUGAAGACAUACUUCAGAUGCUGAGCCAUAUUAAAAAACCUUCGGAAAUUAGGGUGGGGAGGGAACAUGGUCACAAAGAGCUGAUUUUUGAAACUGCAUACAGAAUUCCAUGCCAUAUUUAUUGUAAUUUUUCACUCAGGUAGAUGUGAAUAACCUAUUGAAUUUAUCAUAACCCAUGUAUGCAUACAAAUACCUAAUUUGUAUGUGCAGUUGCCAGAAUUGUGCAUGCAAAUAAAAUCAGGCCUUAAAUCCUCAAGCUUUAUGGAUUUCUUUUACAGCUGUAAAUUUGUUGCCCAAGGUGAUGGGUGCAGAGUGAAAAAAUCCUGGUAUGAAAAUGCUGGAGAUCCUUUCCUCUGCCCACUUUCCAUUCAUAAAGAAGAAGUAAGAAACAGGGUCUGGGGCAGGAAUGAAUGGAAGACAUAGCUAUGAUGGUGAGAGAAAUAAAAAAGUUUGUACACAGGGCUAAAGGAUCAGUCCUCCAGUGAUCAACUGUUCAGCGGCAUGCAGG